CGAGUAUCAGUUUGUGUGGGUCUCUUUAAGCGGUAAGAAGGAUGUGCGGCAUGGGCGUCAGAAAACUUCUGAAAAAAUUCAGGGAAGCUGAGGCAGAAGGCAACAAGCAAAUUUCUCAUGAGGCAUCCCAUCGCUUGAGAGUCAACAUGUACAAUUUGGGAAGCAGAGUGCUGAGUGCAGUUAUGGAUGUAUUUUCAUAUGGGUCACGUUCAACUAUUCACCUGCUGAGGCUUCUGAUAGCUUCCCAGAAGAUGCGCAAGAGGCUUACACCAGCUGUGCUUCCACACAAAUUUUAUUACAACCUACGCAGUCUGCUUGAUUCCAUAAAUGAUGUUGCUAUAAAGCAACUAGCUGUCUCUUACGCCAAGCCAUUAAAACCUCACUUGGAUGCACAUGAACUUUAUUUCCUAAGAUCAAGAAGACAUAAAACCAGAACUUACAUCUGUUGUCCAAAAGGUGUAUGCAGCUAUGAUAAAAUGUGAAUGGCCCUUUAAGGAUUACAUGUACUUUUUUGUAUUUUUCAAAACACAUAA